CAAAAUUUAUUUUCGUAUAACAGAAAAAAAAAUUUCAUAUAACAGAAAAAAUUUCCGGGACAAGAAAAUCCGGAUCAAAACAGAACAGAAAAUCAGGAUCAAAACAAACAAGACAUUGAUAUAACCCGAUGGAGGUGGAAUACGAGGACUCCGGCUGGCAAGGCCGCACCAAGGGCCAAUCCAAUACGGAGGAACUGCACGAAGACAAUCCGCAGAAGACGAUACAGGAAUGCCUGGAAAAGUUUCUGACACCAGAUUAUAUAAUGGAGCCGGGGAUUUUUACCCAGCUGAAGCGGUACUUUCAGUCGGGCGGCUCUCCAGAAGAGGUGAUCUCAAUGCUAUCGGAAAACUACAAAGCUGUGGCCCAAAUGGCCAACCUCUUGGCCGAAUGGCUUAUCCUGGCCGGCGUCAAGGUGACCGAGGUCCAGGCUAUGGUUGAAAACCAUUUAAAGGAAAUGAUUCUAAAGUCAUUCGAUCCCAAGAAAGCGGAUACAAUUUUCACCGAGGAGGGUGAGACGCCCGACUGGUUAACCGAAAUGAUUGAUCAUUACACGUGGCGUUCGCUGAUCUAUCGGCUCGCCGAGGAGUAUCCCGAUUGCCUUAUGCUUAAUUUUACAAUCAAAUUGAUAUCAGACGCCGGAUUCCAAAGUGAAAUCACAUCUAUAUCGACGGCGGCCCAACAAAUUGAGGUGUUCUCCCGUGUUCUUAAGACAUCUAUAGUCAAAUUCUUAAACAAUCCAGACGAUGUGCAUGGCGCCAUUCAGGAAUGCGCCCGCAUGGUCUGCCAUGGCCAGCAUACGUAUGUCUACUCACAGGUUCUAAUUCAAGUGCUCAGUCAAGAGCAAAAAGGUGGCUUUAAUAUGAAACGGUUAUCCCAAGAGAUCAUCAAAUACGCCCUGCAAAACAAUCAGAAUGUGACACCCAUAACGAUGGCUCUCAACGGCUCUGCUGUGUACCCGCAAGCGUGUCAGGCUCUUACCUCAAUGUUAACCCGCAAUACCCUCAAUCCGGCAGACAUAACUGUUCUCUUUCGUAACUACUCUGCCUCUGAUCCGCCGCCAAUUGACCUCAUACGUAAUCCACAGUUCCUUGAGCUUCUGGUUGAUGCUCUAUUUAGAUCUGGCGUCAAAAUCAAUCCGGAGCAUAAGCCGAAAUAUGUAUUUUUACUCGCCUACGCAUCGGCUGUUAUUGAUCAACCAGCAAAGAAGCGACCCCUGACCGAACGCACACUGAACAAGGACGAUCUGAAGAACACCAUCCAAGCCAUUGAGAAGGCCCAUGCCAUUUGUAAUGUGGACCAAGGUUCAACUGAAUUGAUUGCCGAACUGCAAACACUCUACAAUUGCAUCAAAUAUCCGGUUGUUGGUGUCGGUGUAAUUCGAUGGAUCGAAAAUGUGGUAAUGGAACCAUCGUAUUUCAAACUAUCCACCGACAGUUGUCCCACACAUUUGGCUGUAUUGGAUGAAGUGGCUGCCGUUCAUCCAACAUUGCAGCAACAAAUUCUCUUCCUUUUAAUACGUCUCUUUGAAUCCAAGCAGGAUGAGUUGGAAAUUCUUGUGCAAUUGGAGAUGAAAAAGAUGAUACUAGAUCGCAUGGUAAAUCUACUCACCCGCGGCUGUGUUGUGCCAGUCCUCAGAUAUAUCAAACAAUGCUGUGCCAUCGAGGACACGGAUAUCUCUCUGAUACGUUACUUUGUCACCGAAGUGCUGGAAACAAUUAUGCAUCCCUAUUCACCGGAAUUUGUGCAACUAUUUUUACCAAUGGUGGAAAAUGAGGAAAUCACUGGAACAAUGCGUGGCGAGGGCGACAACGAUCCAGUCUCUGAGUUCAUUGUACACUGUAAAGCCCACUACACCACUGUAUAGCUAAUAGAGUUUUAUGUUUAAGUAAUAAAACUAAAUUAAAUAUAUAUAUAUAUAUAUAUUAUUAUUGUAAGUUAAGGCGGCAAGUGUUAAAAUGUAAAUGUAAUACAGUAAAUCAAAAUCAAAGCAAUUUUGAGCCUCAGUCUUGUAUAAUUGAUCCAGAGAUGAUGAAGAAAUAAUCUGUAGAUUCCAUAGAACAUAUAGAAAUCUGUGGUAUAUAUAUCUUAUCUGUUUCUCGCUCACUUUUAUGUUGAAAAGUAAUCAGGAACUAUUAUGCUCUCCCCUAAAUGGCUUUAGAAACAUAUUC